UCGUAAGCUCGACGUAAGGCACAUGUGCAGGAGGAGGAGAGUGCAGUCCUGUCAUAUGACUUAUAUGAGCGCAGGUUUGAGGUUGAGCUUACAGCGCUGCUGAACCGGGUCACACUCGGUCCGGGCAUCGUUUACUGUCUGUCUUCUCUGAGGAAUCAUCCACCCGUCGCAAUGGCUGUCCGCGGUUGUGUGACCCUGCUCUUUAUUCUGCUGAGUGGUAUUGUGCAUGCUAAUGAUCAGGUGACAUCACCGUUACUUGAAACAGCAGAGCCCAGUACAAGCAAACUCCCCCCAGUCAUGCAGACUACUAUAGCUCCUCCUACCACCUCUUCAGCUACCACUCAUGCUGGUGUAACUUCAGAAACUCCAGGUAUUACGUCGGCCAAUGCGACUACCACAAAAUCUCCAACUACCACACAACCUCCAACUACCACACAUCACAACACAACAAAUUCUACCACACAACCUCCAACUACCACACAUCACAACACAACAAAUUCUACCACACAUCCUCCAACUACCACACAUCACAACACAACAAAUUCUACCACACAACCUCCAACUACUACACAUCACAACACAACUAAUUCUACCACCGAAGCGCCACACACUAAUGCUACAACAGCCCCGACUCUUCCUCCGACCACUGCUCCUAUCCCCAAACCGACUGUUGGAAACUACAGCGUCAAGUCUGACAACGUCACAAUCUGUCUGUUGGCAAACAUGGGCCUUCAGUUUAGCUUCAAAAUAAGUGGGAAUGCCAGCAUUCAGACUCUUAAUCUUGACCCGAGUCCUAAUGUAAUGGAAGUGAGUGGAACCUGCGGAGGUGGUGGAAAUGACUCUUCCCUUGUACUGAAGUCAAAGGAAAUCACAGUUCAUUUCUUCUUCACAAACGUUUCAGACAAGUUCCGUCUACAUGCUUUGGCUUUCUCUGUUGAUUUUGGAAAUGGGAGCACUUUUAGUGAAUCCAAUAAUAAUCUGUCUCUGUGGGAGGCAUCUGUUGGGAGCUCAUACAUGUGCAAAAAAGAGCUGAGUUACAACAUCACCGACAAGCUUACCAUCAAUACGUUCGAGCUACAAGUGCAGCCCUUCGCAGUCCAGAAGAACAUGUUUAGCACAGCCCAUGAAUGUUCAAUGGAUGACACCAGCCUCUUAAUCCCAAUCAUUGUUGGUGCCGCUCUGGCUGGUUUGAUUGUCAUUGUUGUGAUUGCAUACGUGAUUGGUCGACGAAGGACCUAUGUUGGAUAUCAGACAUUGUAAUGAAACAAAAUCAAAGAAUCCAAUCCUGAGCGUUUUAAGGGACACACAAGCCUGUUCCUGGACCAUUGUAAAUAUUGUGGGUUUUUGUGCAAUCUCAAUUGGCAACUGACUCGGGGCCAUGGGAGUUAAAAAAAUGUAUUGUCCUUAUGUGGUCAAUUAAUCCCCUGGCCCUUAAACUGCAACACAUUAAAAUCUGAAGAUACAGUGGCACUCCAGGACCAGAGCUCCCUAUUGUGAAAUUAUUUUGUGUGCACAUCACCACCCCCCCACCCCCACUUUUUUUUUUUUUUUUUUUUUUUUUUUUUUUUUUUGUGUGUGUUGUGAAGUAAGUGCAUGGUCUUGUGUUUUGGCUUAAAGCCCAAUUAUUUUUCUCUUGAAAUGCAAAUUAGUGCUACAGUCAUAGUACCGUGCAAUAUAUUCAUAUGUAAGAACAAUGUAGAUUCAUAGAUCAUGAGUUGUGGCCAAUUUAAAGAGUUUCAUUGCUCCAUAGCAGACCCUGCACUUGCUUCUUAGACAUUCCUUUAAUUUUCAUUUUGCAAUUGAUUGAUUUAGCUCAUUUAAUUUGUGUCCAAGUCCAUCAUUACUGUAUCCACAGCUUUAGACUGAAACAGCGUUUUAUUCACCUGUCUUGCAGCAUUUUGGUUAAAUAUUAAAAGUAGUUCAAGAAACAGGUUGUUACUGUGCACUAUAGUAACUGGACUGCUCACAUUUAUUGAGAUCAUGUGCUUUUGCAAUAUGAUGAUCAUCCUGUAUUCAGAGCAGCUGUGUGGGAGAUUGCUAAACGAAGAAAACAUGUAAACAUGCUGGAUGGUCCUUUCAAACAAUUGAAAUUCUAGAACAGAAAAACAAAUGCUUGAAUGUUUAAACUUCAUGACAAGCAUUUAAAAAAAAAAAUAUACAAACCAUUGUAUUAAAAGUAGGCCUGGUGUUUUUGAGUGACUCUUAGUAAAUCAUAAAACAAAGAAAUGGUAACUGCCAUUUAAAUCCUGUUACUAAAUAGUUUUGGUAGUGUUUAGUAACCUUUUUGGGGGUUUAAAAAGGGACGUUGAAUUAUAAAUAUCUUGUCGGCUACUCUUUACUAUAACUUUUAAUUAUUUACCACUACUUUAGCCUGAAAGAUACAUGCUGCUCUUUGCUAAUGCAACUGUGAAUUGUAUUUGCUGCAAGAAAGUUUUGCACCUGCUUGAGCCCACUUUGGUAGUGGCUGUGGAUUAUUUUUGAAUUACACCUGCCCCCCCAUGUAAAUUUUACAUGACUUGUGUUAGUUUGAUUUUCAUUUGCAGAAUUUAGUUUAAAGAAUAAGUUCUCUUUACUUUCUCUCAUGUCUUUCUGCUUUUAUCACAUAUAAUGGCUUUUUUUUUUCUUUUUUUUUUUCUCCCCUCCCCCCAUUCACACUGUUUAUGCACUAUUCUAAUUUAGUCUAUGCACCACCUGCACAGAAUCUUAUGUAAAUGUUUUUCACUAUAGCCAGGAUAAAUUAAAUCCUGGUUACUGGUAAUUUUGUGCCUUGCUUGAUGAAAUUACUUUUGCUUGCCAUCCAAUCACUUAUCAAUAACUUUUUAAAUAAACAAAUCUAUAUUUGUUUUCUGUUUUUCCCCUGAGCAUACUUUUGUGACCAUUUUCUGACAGCAGAUUUGUAAAAAGGGAUUCUUUAUCUGACUGCCCUAGUAUUUGAUGUUUCAUGAGAUUGGUUGUUUUGUUUUGCAAUGAAAAUGGCUGUUUUAAUUGGCUUUUAGCUGCAAUAAAUGAAGAAAGACAAUUGUGUGCGUAUAUAA